GUGCUGUGACAUCAGCGCCGCGGGCAACGGGCUCACGCUGCGGGCAACGGCCGCGUCGGUGGCGACGAAUCCGGUGGUGCUGGGCUGCCGUGCGAUGAUGGUCGCGCCUCCGGGAGCGAUGGUGCCGCUGCUGCCGCUCGUGGUGCUGCUGGCCGCCUGCCGGCCCGGACACGGUUACACCGGAGCCUGCGACACCUGCGGGACGCGGCCCAUGGCUUAUCAGUACAGCAGCAUGAGAGUGGUGGGGGGCUCUGCAGCCCGGCACGGUAACUGGCCGUGGAUUGUCAGUAUCCAGAAUUACCGGUUUCCGGGCACGGGACACAUGUGCGGAGGGUCCCUCAUCACCCCGCAGUGGGUGCUGUCGGCUGCUCAUUGCUUCGAGGAACCCAGCCACCUCUGGGACUCGCGUGUGGUGAUCGGUGCCAACGAUCUGACUCGCCUGGGCCAGGAGGUGGAGGUUCACAGCAUCCGCAGGGCGUUCAUUCACAAGUACUUCAACAACAGGACGAUGGUCAACGACGUCGCGCUGCUCGAGCUGGACCGACCCGUCCAUUGCAGCUACUACAUCCAGCUGGCCUGUGUGCCCGACUUCUCCCUGCGGGUGUCGGAGCUCACAGAGUGCUACGUCGCCGGCUGGGGACACACGGAACUAAGAUCUGCAGCACCAGCCAAAGCCGCUGACGUCCUGCAGGAGGCCAGAGUGCAUCUCAUUGACCUCCAGAUCUGCAACAGCAGCCGCUGGUACGGCGGGGCCGUGCACAGCCACAACAUCUGUGCUGGGUACCCGCAGGGCGGCAUCGACACCUGCCAGGGCGACAGCGGCGGCCCCCUGAUGUGCAGGGAUAGAAGCGCUGACUUCUUCUGGGUCAUUGGUGUGACCAGCUGGGGGAGAGGCUGCGGCAGGGCACAACAGCCUGGAAUCUACGCCUCCACUCAGCACUUCUACAACUGGAUCCUGACGCAGCUGAGAGCAUCGGCCCAGCCCACGUCGCGGACAUGGAGCCAUUACACAACCACCGCAUCCCACUAUCACGGGCAGCAUGUGGCACCCACACAACCCAGCACAUCAACCUCCUGUCCGUAUCCAGUCCAGAAGCUCAGGGAAUUCUUUGCCGGGGUGCAGGAGCUCAUGCAGUCCCUAAGGGGAAGCAAGGCUUAAUUAGCUGCAUGACCCCCAGCAGGCUGCGACGCACCACGACCCUUUCCUUUGGGGUAAUGCCCAAUGGCAGCCCCACUGCCAAAGUUCUGCU